AUGCCUCGUCAUCUAAUUAGUGACGCGCAUGAAUGGAUUAACGAGAUUCCCACUGUCCCUAUCUACUAUCUAGCGAAACCACAGCGUGGGGAACGGGCCACGCAAAAUCAGCGGGGAAAGAAGACCCUGUUGAGCUUGACUCUAGUUUGACAUUGUGAAAAGACAUAGGGGGUGUAGAAUAAGUGGGAGCUCCGGCAAAAGUGAAAUACCACUACCCUUAUCGUCUUUUUACUUAUUCAAUGAAACGGAAUUGAGAGGAAACUCUCACCUUUUGGAUUUAAAGUGAUUUACUCGCUGAUCCGGGUUGAAGACAUU